AUGCUUUCCGAAAAUAAUCUAAUCAUAGAUGGAUGGAUAUUCAGUAACAAUCCUGGUAUUCUUUCAUCACCAUUAGGUAUUGCUUUAUCUAAUUCGUACAAGAAUCAAACAGGUCUUCGACUAUGGGGCUCACUCGAACAAGUCGAUGGCUCAUCAAUUUUCCGCAUGCAAUCGUGGAAUCAGUUUCAAUCGGCUAAUCCAUCUUUCAGUAUAGAUCUUCGAAAUAAUGAAGUAGUUCUUUUACGCGAUGCAUUAAUAUCAACAGAAACAAGUACAAUUGAAAUAUCAAUAAUUGAUAUUCGACCUACGUAUGAAUACGAGGUGCAAAAUACAACAAAAACAACAACAUUUGUUCUUAUUGGAGACGCAACUUGCACUAGUUAUUUAAUGAUUAAUGAUUUAAAACCGGAUACUAUUUGCACAGAGAAAACAUAUGUUUUAACAAAAGUUCGAUCAAAAAAAUUUAAUGGCUCGAUAAUUUUAUCUACUACUAUUGAUACGAAUAUUUCUAUAUCAAUGAAUGAAAUUCUUCCGGAUAUUUCCAAUAUCGGAACAACACUAGAACUUGAUUUAAAUGAUAAUAAAACAAUUACAACAAGGAUCGAUGAAAUAACAGACAUUCAUAGAAUGACUGCAUGUGUAACAUGUAAGGGAGAUCUUGUUGAUGUCAUGGGUACUACGACACUAGUUUACUGUGGCAAAUGUCAUAGACAUAGUUUAAAGAAAAAUUUAUCUCGGAAUAUAUCAACAACAAUUGUUAUACAAAUUGAAAAACAUACAUUAAGGGCAUCUGACUUAGUAUUGAACGAAUUACUUACACUUGUCGGCGCAUCAGUUGAUGACACGGAUACCGACAUUGCUGCAGCUGUUUUAUCAUAUGGAAAUAUAUUCAUUCAAUACAGCGAAUUACGAAAACAAAUUUUAUUAGUCAUGAAACCAUGA